UAUUCAGAAUAGCUGAAUAUUCACUUGUUUAAUAACACUGUGUAUAUCUAGGUAUGUGAAAUAUUUCUCAUAUAUCUCUUAAUGACAUUCUGCACAUUCUGAUAUUGUGUAUUACAGGUUUAGCCCUGCAGAACUUUCUUUCUUGACAGAAUAUGCAUCAACCAUGAACCCAAUCUCAAAGGCACUAAACAUAUUGCAGGGAGAGGUGGAUGUUCACAUGGGAUGGCUGGUGCCCACUAUAACCCUCCUAACUGUGAAGCUUGACCGCCUCAGAACAUCAUCCAAGUUCUGCCAGCCACUGAUUACUGCCCUUCAAGAAGGAAUACAGCGACGGUUUGGAGACAUGCUUGCUGACCCUGAGCUCAUUGCUGCAGCAAUUUUACUUCCGAAGUUUCGGACAUCGUGGACAAGCAAUGAGGACUUGCUGAAGCUGGGCAUGGACUACAUCAAGAGAAACAUGGAGGAGGAUCCGGUCCCAUCACCAGUUAGCAAUUCCGGGUCAGAGGAGGACGACUUCUUUGGCCUUAUGAAGGGAAACGUCCAGGAAACCACGAAACAACUGGAUGCCUACCUGGCAAACUCGGCUACCUCCAUGGACACCCUAAAGGCAGUGCCCACAGUUGCCAAUUUGUCCCUUAAACUGAACACGCCGUUGCCUGCCUCUGCGGCAUGUGAACGGCUCUUUAGUACAGCAGGGCAUAUUUUUUCUACAAAAAGAGGCAGAAUAGGGUCAAACAUUUUUGAAAAUCAACUAUUGUUGAAAUUGAACAAAAGGUUCUGUUAAUGCAAAGUUGAUGAAAGGGCUUUGAAUGGCACUUAUACUGCCAUGUUCUUAUUAUGGCCAUUUUUUUUGCACUAACCUUUGGCUGCCUGACCAAUGGUAAAAUUUUCAUUUCAGGUCCUUAAUUUAAAUUUCUCGUUCUAAGAUCUGCCUUGUUCUGACCAGUUUUACACUUGUUUUUCAUGUUCCAUGUUUCCGUUUUUUACACUUUUAUAAUUAAAUAAAAUAUUUAAAGAUAUAACAUGUUGUCUUCAUUGGUUUGGCUUAAUGGUAUUAACUUUGCAGAUAAUCCCUGGUAGAUAACUUGUCAUCCGCAGAAUUGUAAGAGUGUGAGAAGUAUUACAGAGGGUAAGCACAAUA